AUGAACAACUACAUUUGGGACAUCGGCACUCACUCGCUCGGCACGUGCAUCGGCACCAACUGCUGCCUCACUGAUCCCUCCAAGUGCGGUGGUGCCACCCAGAGAUCUGCUGCUACUUGUUCCAUCUGUGGCACUACCAGCGGCGUCGCUCCCGUCUGUUUUGGUGGUGGUGGGGAGUGCGUGGCUGCUGCUGCUUCUUACAUUGCAGCUUCCAUGCUAAACAUGGGGAAAACCCUCCCUACCCCACCCAUGCUCUGCUCGGCACUGCUGUCGCUAAAGUCAUCGCUGGGUGUGACUUUCACCUCGUGGGCAACAAGUGUGCCGUGCCAAGUGGCGGGCAAGCAGGCUGCCACACAGACCACGUGGCCUGGUGUGCUCUGUGGUGACACCGGGGACGGUCUGAAGGGGUCUAUUCAUGCAGACAUCUCCAAGCUCACCGCGCUCACUUACCUUGACUUUGGCUACAACCUCUUCCAAGGCCGCCUUGACUCGUUCACCGCGCCACUUAAGAAUGUGCCCAGCCUCAAGGCGCUAGGCCUCUACUCCAACUACCUCACGGGCACCAUACCCAUCCUCUCCACCUCCCUGGUCGCUCUGGACGUGGGCUUUAACUACCUCUCGGGCUCCUUCCCCAAUCUCUCCCUCAAGAGCUGUUCGGCCGACCACAACUGCCUCCUCUCCUCCACCUACUGCCGCUCCUCCGGUCUGCUGCAGCGCCCCGCCUCCGCCUGUGCCAUCUGCGGGCCUGCCGACAACCUGUGGGAGCUCUGCUAUGGUGGGCUGUGCGGCCCUGACAGUGCUGAUGCAGUCAGUGAGGGGACUGUGAACUCCCCCGCUCUGCCCAUGGUGCCCAUGAAGUGCCUUGGUUCGCCUGUGGUAGCAAUGAAUACUGCCUCAGCAUCGGCUCUACUGAGCGUCAAGUCAUCUCUGGGAGUCACCGACUCCACUUGGGUCGCCGCCUCUUCCUGCACCAUCGGCAAUGCCGAAACCAGCCUCCCAGACACAUGGAAUGGCGUGGGCUGCUCCGUUUCUGGGGCCGUCAUCAGUCUGAACGUGACUUCCAUGGGCCUCAGUGGCAGCGUGCAGGCUGACAUCUCCAAGCUCACUGCCCUCAGAUCCAUGUCAGUUCCCCUCUCCUUUUUUCCAUCUGAAUCCCCCCAAUUCUCCUUCUUUUCCUCUCCUCCAUCCCCUCGUUCUUCCCCUUGUCCAGCUCCCUCCGCUUCCCUCUCACUAUCUCUUUUUCUCAUUUGCUAG